AUGGCCGCAUGGCGUGCUUCCAUCUCCAAGCACGUUCGUGAGCUCCGUUUUCUCAUAAGCGCUUCUGAGGAAAGCAGCGCCGCCGCGCGCUCUUACAUCAGGCACAACUAUGACGAGCUGAAAAUGCUGAACCCCACUACCCCUUUCCUCGUACGCGAUGGCUGGCCAGGAAAAGAUCCUUACGUGGUUGCCACAUAUGACUGGGGAAAAGAAGUGAUAAAAACCAUGGGCGGCUUGGACGAGAAGGGCAUCGAUGCCUUGUUAAAAGGCUUAGUCGAGGAUGGGAAAAGCCUUCCGAAAUACACACAUCCGCCGCUGAGGGGUACGCCGGACGCCAUCGUGGACGCUUUGCCACGGGACGUAUUCUACUGA